GAAAGAAUAAGGCGAAAUAAUAACCUAGUAUAAGCAUGACAAGAAUUCAUGAGAAGUAACAGCAGAAGUUAACAUCGCCUGGUUAACUAGUUCACUAGUUACUACCCGGUCCUAAGCCCGGGUAAAGAGGGAAGGUUGGGCAUAGGGCUAGCAACCCUACCCCGUAAACCAAAUCUAACCGCUAAAGAAACUUCAAAGCACAAACAAAAUAUAAAAACUGAAAACAAACUUAUUCCUCUCUGGAAUCGGAGAGGCGAAAUGACGCCAGUUGGUGAAAGCCUUCGGGAAGCCAAUCGGCCGAUGUGUCUUCUUUCGAUGAAAGCGAAAGUAAACGUGGGGACAUAGAAUGUCCGCACGAUGUUUGAACCCAGUAAGGCAGCCCAGAUUGCAAAGGAGAUGAGAAGGUAUCACAUCGAAGUGCUUGGGAUUUGCGAAAGCAGAUGGAAUGGGAGUGGACUCUCCAAACUGUCAACUGGAGAAUCAAUAACCUACUCCGAUAUUGUCAACCAGACGAUAACCACGGGCAUACUGAGUUAUGGAGUGGCUAUCAUGAUGUCCCCAAGAGCAUCGAAGGAUCUCAUGCAGUGGGAACCAAUCUCCUCCUGCAUCAGGAUCAUGACAGCAAGAUUCAACUCAAAAGGAAGGAAGGUCACAAUCACACAAUGCUAUGCACCUACAAAUAAUGCAGAGCAAGAGAAAAAGGAGGAAUUCUACAGACAACUUCAAUCAACACUGGACAAGACGUCAGUUGGCAAUAUCAAAAUUCUAAUGGGCGACAUGAAUGCCAAACUCGGAGCGGACAACACAGGAAAAAAACUAACCAUGGGUCGAGAGGCGCUAGGUGAAAUGAACGAGAAUGGAGAAUUGUUUGCAGAAUUCUGUGCAUUCAACGAUUUGGUGAUUGGAGGCACUGUGUUCAAGCACAAGGGUAUCCACAAAGCGACAUGGAUUUCACCAGAUGGACACACUAAAAAUCAAAUCGACUUUAUCUCAAUCUCGAGAAAAUGGAGACGCAGUCUACUUGACACAAGGUCAAGAAGAGGAACAGAUGUAGGCUCAGACCACUCACUGUCUAGUGCAAGGAACCUUCCAAAUCAAGUUAAAAGCCUCCAAAGAAGUUGGCGAUAGACCACAGUUGAAGUACAACACUCGGAAACUGAAGGAUGAAACUACAAAAGACAUCUUCACGUCAGCCAUCAAGACAAAAUGGGAGAUAUCAAGGAACAUCCCUGAAGAAACCUGUUUGGAAGAACACUAGAAGUCUUUGAAAGAGAUGUGGAAAGAAACCUGCACAACCGUAUUAGGAAGGAAGAAGAA